AUGAGCUCCCGCGCAGUCAGUCUCCUUUCCAAGUGCAGGUCCCAAUUCGCUCAACAAGCCCGUGGAAAGGCUCACUUCACUUUCCAGCCUUCCACAGCUCUUCCAGCUGGCCUCGAGAAUGUCGAGAAAACGAAAAUGAAUCUGAUGCAAUCGGUGAACGAGGCGAUGCGAAUUGCGAUGGAAACUGACGACUCGGCGGUUCUGUUCGGAGAAGACGUCGCAUUCGGAGGAGUUUUCAGAUGCAGUCUGGACUUGCAGCAAAAGUUCGGAAAGGAACGCGUCUUCAACACUCCUCUCUGCGAACAAGGAAUCGCCGGUUUCGGAAUCGGAGUGGCUGCCGCCGGAGCAACUGCUAUCGCGGAAAUUCAGUUCGGAGAUUACAUUUUCCCGGCAUACGACCAGGUUUCAAAGAACAUUCCAGUGUUACCAAAAGCCUUCUCCACUUUCAGCUGGUAAACGAGGCUGCCAAGUUCAGAUACCGUUCUGGAAACCAAUUCAACUGCGGGAAGCUGACUGUUAGAACGACAUGGGGAGCCGUUGGACACGGAGCUCUCUAUCAUUCUCAGAGUCCAGAAGCUAAUUUCACUCACACUCCGGGGCUCAAGGUGUGAUUGGCAACUGGAAUUCGGACGAAUACUAGUCUUUCAGCUCGUCGUUCCGCGUGGACCCAUUCAGGCGAAAGGACUUUUGCUCGCGUGCAUCCGUGAUCCGAAUCCGUGCAUCUUCUUCGAGCCGAAGAUUCUGUACCGUCUGGCAGCCGAAGACGUGCCAGUCGGAGACUACGAAAUCCCUCUCGGAAAGGCCGAAACAGUCCGCACUGGAAAGGAUCUGACUAUCGUCUCUUGGGGAACCCAAGUGCACGUUGCCUUGGAGGCUGCUCAGCUUGCGAAAGAGAAGCUGAAUGCGGACGUCGAAGUGAUUGACCUGCAAACUAUUCAGCCAUGGGACGAAGAUCACGUUGUGGAGGCAAGAAUGAACAAGGAAUUAACUUUGUUGAAUAGCCAAAACAUUUGCAGAGCGUCCAGAAGACGGGAAGACUAAUUGUUACCCACGAAGCCCCGAUUUCUUCCGGAUUCGGAGCUGAAAUCGCUUCAACUGUCCAGGUUGGAAAUCAAAGAUCCAGGCGAGACUAAUUAGGAAUUAACAUUCAGAAGCGUUGCUUCCUCAAUCUGGAAGCUCCGAUCGAACGCGUCGCUGGCUACGACACUCCGUUCCCGCACGUGCACGAGCCAUUUUACCUGCCGACGGUCCACAGAGUCUUCGAUGCCAUCAAGAAGUCUGUCUCCUAUUAGAACGAUGAAAAUAGGUGCCGAUGUGUGUAGUGUAGUUCAUAGUGUACUUUUUCUUCUUGUCUCAUGGUGCCAUUUGCAUUUUAAGCUUUCUCCGGUCUAUUCGACUGCUGAGAAGAUUGUUGACAUCACAUGUCGCACAUUCCUAUUCUAAUUAUCAGACCACAUUUCGACCCGCUUUUUUUUUUCUUCUCUGUGCUAUAGUACUGUUUCCUGGAUAUUAUAGUGGCACCGCACAGAAAUGGCGCUCUGUUGAGAAACUCUUUUUGCAGUGGAAAUUGAGCGACCUCGGGGCCGAGUUUGAAAAGUGAGGCCACGUUUUCAGUGGAAAAUUACUUCGCGGCCUAAAAAUUCGGCCAGUUUGCGAACAGCGCGCCCUUUCUGUCUAGUGCCCCUAUAAUAUUUUUUAUCGAAUCCCGCUUCUUUUAUCGAUAUGUAUGAAGAUUUUUUUCAGAAAAUGAUGUCCUCUAGAAAUGUGUUGUAUUUUCAACAAGUAUUUAGAAAACGUUAGAAACAAUCUGCCUAUUACUCCUUGCAGUACUCCGCAGUGUACCGGUGGAUCAAUCUCAGGUAUCCUGCCUAGAGUGACGUGCCGACUUGAGAGUUUGUCGAAAAGUCGAUAAGAGUCGAAGAUACUGAAGUCGACAUUAUCGACAAAAGUAAUGUCGAUGAACAAAAAAUUCGCGGACUGUCGAUAAGUGAUCUAUCGACGACCGUCCGCGCAUUUUUUGUUGAUCGACAUUACUUUUGUCGAUCAUCCCCGUCGAUAAUCGGUCCAACAUUUUGUCGAUUAUCGUACUUUACGUUACUCUAAUCCUGCCGCUCUGAUCUUUUUCUCCCAAAAUCCUCUUUCAGAAUGCAUCCCCUCGGUUCCACGUGUCUUCUUCUCCUCGUCACCGCCGCCGCAAUGCUCCCCGCUUUCCCAGUUCUCAUUUUCCUCCAGGGGAAUUUCCCCGAUCUGCCCUCGUAUUACACUGUCGACCAUCUCGCUCUCUACGUCCUUCAGGUGCCUUAUCACUUUUGCUUGACCCCAUUUUUCUUCUCAGGCCGGCGCCAUUCUGCUCGCGGGGCUCCUCUCCAUGUGCAUUUACUCAGAUGUCGCGUGCCCUCUCGCCAUCAAAGGAUACGCUUUCGUCUUCGCCAGAAUGUGA